AUGAGCGACACAGACGACUCGGGCACGAAUUUAUGGGGACGCGCAGACGAGCGCGAGUUUUCGUAUGCGGUGACAAUUCCUGGCACCAGUCAGCCAGUGAUUCUAAAGGCAGUGCAGGAACGAGAAACCUGUGCGGGCACACCGGCGUUUCCGUCGCACGGCCACUGCGUCUGGGACGCCGCUUUACUUUUGGCCGACUACUUGCAGACCAGAUGCUGCGAGCUAGCAGCUGGUCUUGGAGGUGACGGUCGGUUCCAGUUUCAAGGCAAGAGAGUGGUCGAACUUGGCGCUGGUGUGGGACUCGUCGGCAUGACGCUGGCUGUGCUGGGGGCUCAAGUAGCGCUCACGGAUCAGGACUACGUGCUACCUCUACUGGCCAAGAACGUGGCCGUGAACUUUAGUAGUGCCGAUUCAAGUCAGGCGCGUGUAGUUGCUACUGCGCCGGUGGUGGAAAAGUGUCAGUGGGGAGAGCCAUUCGAGUCUUGUGGCAUUCUGAAGUCGUGGGCAAAAAGUGUCGACGUCGUAGUCUUUUCGGACGUGCUUUACCAUGACUCGGCAUACCAGCGCUGA